AUGUACUUGUUCGUGACCCUGCACUCGGAGGCCGUGGCGGGCGGCGUGGCCAAGCUGGCGUGCGACAUCACGCCGCCCAUCGUGGGUGACAAGGCGACCCUCGUCAUCUGGUUCAAGGAGGGCACGCCCAAGCCCAUCUACAGCUACGACGCGCGGGGCGGCGCCCUGUCGCAGGCCAAGCACUGGGCCGACGACACGUUCGGCGGCAGGGCCUUCUUCAGGACGGCGGACAACCCGGCCCAGCUCACGGUGGAGAGCGCCCGCGACCUGGACGCCGGCAUGUACCGCUGCCGCGUGGACUUCGGACGCUCGCCCACCAGGAACGCGCGCGUCAACCUCACCGUCAUCCGUGAGUACACCGAGGAGUACGCGAAGGAGUACAGCAAGAACUACACCGUCAGUGGCAUGCCCCCUGAGCAGCUCCUCAUCAUGGACAACCGAGGGGAGCACAUCCGGCACCACAUCCUGGGCCCCUACAACGAGGGCGACACCGUGGAGAUCACCUGCGAGGCGUCCGGAGGCCGGCCGCAGCCGCGCGUCACGUGGUGGACGGACAACGUGAUGCUGGACGACUCCUACGAGCGGCGCUCGGAGCGGCGCGUCCAGAACGUCCUGCGCCUGGAGCACCUGCAGCGCAAGCAGCUCAACCGGCAGUACACCUGCAAGGCCUCCAACAACAUGCUGGCCGCGCCCGUCACGUCCUCCGUGCGCCUCGACAUGAACCUGCGACCGCUGUCCGUCCGGCUGCUCGGGGAAAACAGGCCGUUUAGCGCCGAGAAGAGCUACGAGGUGUCCUGUGAGGUGGUGGGGGCGCGGCCCUCGCCGCAGAUCUCCUGGUGGAAGGGCAACACGCAGCUCAAGAACAACAAGGAAGUGACGUCGCAGGACCAGAACUCCACCAUCAGCACGCUUCUGUACUCGCCCAAGGUCGACGACUCCGGCAUGGUGCUGAGCUGCCGCGCCGAGAACCCCCGGCUGCCCAACUCGGCCCUCGUGGACAGCUGGACGCUCGACAUCUACCACGUGCCAGUGGUGACGCUGCAGCUCGGCCGGCCGCUCAACGCCAGCGCCAUGACGGAGGGCGUGGACGUGUUCUUCGAGUGCCACAUCAAGGCCAACCCCAGGAUCUUCCGCGUCGGCUGGCGGCACGAGCGGCAGCCGCUGAUCCAGAACGCGUCCGCGGGCACCAUCAUCAGCAACCAGUCGCUGGUGCUGCAGUCCGUGAGCCGCGCGCGCGCCGGCAUGUACACGUGCGUGGCGUACAACCAGGAGGGCGACGGCGAGAGCAACCCCGUGCGGCUGGACGUCAAGUACCGGCCCGUGUGCAAGCCGGGGCAGCAGGCCGUGUGGGGCGUGGGCCGCGGCGAGACCAUCACCAUCCCCUGCGACGUGGACUCGAACCCGGACGAGGUGACCUUCACGUGGCGCCUCAACACGACGUCGGACAGCGUGGAGUUGCCCGCCUCGCGCCACAAGGCGGACCGCGCGCAGUCGCUGCUGACGCACACGCCGCAGAGCGAGCGCGACUACGGCACGCUGCUGUGCUGGGGCACCAACUUCCUGGGCCAGCAGAAGCAGCCCUGCGCCUUCCUCGUCAUCCCCGCAGGGAAACCCAACUCGCCGAUCAACUGCACGCUGACCAACCAGACCACCGAGUCGCUCUCCGUGGCCUGCUCCGAGGGCUUCGACGGCGGCGUGCCCCGCCAGGAGUUCGUCCUGGAGCUGUACGACGAGACGUCCCAGGCCCUGGUGUCCAACGUGACGGCGCGCUCGCCCGUCUUCAACCUGGGCGGGCUGGAGUCGGGCCUGGACUUCCGCGUCGAGCUGUACGCCUACAACACCAAGGGCCGCAGCGAGGCCGUGCAGAUGCACGCCUUCACGCUCAAGGGCGCCGAACGCCGGCUGGCGGACGACUUCGUGGACCCGGAGGAGAAGGCCUUCGAGUACCUCAACGACCGGCGGCUCUACUCGACGCUCAACCCGCGCCUCGGACUCUACUCGCCCACCACCAUCGACCACGUGGGUCCCAGCAUGGGCAGCAUGGCCGGCGGACCGAAGAUGCUCAGCACUGUUCUGCUAUGCUGA